CUCUCUCUUAAAUCUCUCUCUCUCUCUCUCAUUCAUUUCCAGCUCAGAAACAAUGUCUCACUCCCUCCACCUCCUCACCCCAACCGCCUUAACCGUCUCCAACCCCAAGCCCCACUCCUCCUUAUUCUCCGCCACCACCAACCGCCGCUUCCCUCUCUCCUCCACCGCCUUCCCCUCCCUCACCGUCAAAUCCUCCUCCGCCGAUCCAUCCCCCUCCGUCCUCGUCUCCGCCAACGGCACCGCCGCCGCCGCCGUCCUCUCCGCCGACUACUCCUCCUCCUCCAUCGAGGUCGACGCCGUCACCGAGGCCGAGCUCCGCGAGAAUGGCUUCCGCAGCACCCGCCGCACCAAGCUCAUCUGCACCAUCGGCCCCGCCUCCGCCGGCCCCGACCAGCUCGAGGCCCUCGCCGUCGGCGGCAUGAACGUCGCCCGCCUCAACAUGUGCCACGGCACCCGCGACUGGCACCGUGACGUCAUCCAGCGCCUGAGGAAGCUCAACGAGGACAAGGGAUACGCCGUCGCCAUCAUGAUGGACACCGAGGGCAGUGAGAUUCACAUGGGCGAUCUCGGCGGCGCCUCCUCCGUCAAAGCCGAGGACGGUGAGAUAUGGACUUUCAGUGUGAGAGCUUUCGGCUCGACUCUUCCGGAGCGCACGAUCAAUGUGAACUAUGAAGGAUUCGCCGAAGAUGUGAAGGUGGGAGAUGAGCUACUUGUGGACGGUGGAAUGGUGAGGUUCGAGGUGUUGGAGAAGCUUGGCCCGGAUGUCAAGUGUAAAUGUACUGAUCCCGGGCUGUUGCUGCCCCGGGCGAACUUGACUUUCUGGAGGGAUGGGAGCUUAGUGCGCGAGCGCAAUGCCAUGCUUCCCACGAUUUCAUCCAAGGAUUGGUUGGACAUUGAUUUCGGGAUUGCAGAGGGAGUUGAUUUCAUUGCUGUAUCAUUUGUCAAGUCUGCUGAAGUUCUCAAUCAUCUUAAGAGCUAUAUUGCAGCACGGUCUUGUAAUAUAUCUGUUGUGGCAAAGAUAGAGAGUAUUGACUCUCUAAAGAACUUGGAAGAGAUCAUCCUUGCAUCAGAUGGAGCAAUGGUAGCAAGAGGUGACCUAGGUGCUCAGAUACCAUUGGAACAGGUCCCAUCUGCCCAGCAAAAGAUUGUUCAAGUAUGUAGACAGUUAAAUAAGCCAGUCAUUGUUGCUUCUCAACUACUCGAAUCUAUGAUCGAGUAUCCUACACCCACUAGAGCUGAAGUGGCCGAUGUUUCUGAAGCCGUGAGGCAACGAGCUGAUGCUCUGAUGCUUUCUGGUGAGUCAGCUAUGGGACAGUUCCCAGAGAAGUCAUUAGCUGUUCUUAGAAGUGUUAGUUUGAGGAUCGAGAGGUGGUGGAGGGAAGAGAAACGUCAUGAACCUAUGUUACUCCCAGCUAUUGGAUCAUCAUUUUCAGACAGUAUAUCGGAGGAGCUUUGUAUUUCUGCUGCCAAGAUGGCAAAUACUUUAGAGGUGGAUGCUCUUUUUGUCUUUACAAAGACAGGCCACAUGGCAUCUCUACUGUCCCGCUGUAGGCCUGAUUGCCCAAUCUUUGCUUUUACUAAUACGACAUCUGUGCGGAGACGUCUGAACCUACAGUGGGGGUUGAUACCAUUUCGGGUGAGCUUCUCUGAUGAUAUGGAAAGCAACCUUCACAAGACCUUCUCGCUGCUUAAGGCCAGGAAUCUAAUCAAAUCAGGUGACCUUGUCAUUGCUGUCUCAGACAUUUUGCAGUCCAUUCAAGUUAUGAAUGUUCCAUAAAUAAUCUAUCAGUUAGAUUGCAUACCUCUUCUGAACCUAUUCUGGUUGUGUCAUCUGUCAAACUUCUAUAUUCCUUGCUAUUGGUACUACAAUUUGUUUAUGGUGGAAAAAGAGGGUCAUUAAGGAAAUAGUUCAGUGUUUGUUUAUUUACCUUACCUCCCGGGUACAUGCUUCAUAUUCUCACCAUAAAAUCUGGAGGGGUUUAUGCCACCUAAAUUGCCUAGUUUGUUCAGAGGUACUUGCUAGUUGUAACAUUAAGUUGUGAGUGUUAGAGUUGUAUGAAGAGAUGUGUAUCCUUUAGACACAAAGAUGCUUUUAUGUCUUGUCGAAACGUAAUAAUUUAAUCCGAACUGUUGUAUUACCUUGUUCAAGUUAAUGCAACUAUUUUGAUACUUUUUUGAAUU